CGGGAGCUCGAAGAAAAUAACUUCUUCUGAAUUGAAAAAGUGACGAUGGCCUUUGAAACCGUGACGAACUACACUGGACUCCAGUCUUUCUAUCUCGCGCGGUCAUAAUGGAGUUGUUAGAAGUUUCUAGCACGGUUUAACAAAAAGAUCUAUGCUGUUAAUUUUCAUCGUCAACGUCACGAUUUUAUUCUAAUUUAUCCCGACUAAAGGUCUGGACCCAUCUGAACCAUAAAACUUUAUGUAGCCGGAUCGAAAACAACGAGGAGUGAAUAGUUCUGCAGUCGGCGACAAAACAAUGGGGAAAGAUUAUUACAAGAUCUUGGAUAUUCCACGCAACGCAAGCGAAGACGAGGUCAGGAAAGCCUACCGAAAGAUGGCUUUGAAGUAUCAUCCAGACAAAAACAAAAGCACUGGAGCAGAAGACCAGUUCAAAGAAAUAGCAGAAGCUUACGAAGUCCUCAGCGACCCCCAGAAAAGGGAGAUAUUUGAUAAGUACGGCGAAGAAGGCUUGAAAGGAACGGGCAAACCUCAAGCGAGUGCGACCGAGUUUAAUUUUCAAAUGCCGCCUGGAUUUACAGCUUUUACUUUCCAUGGAGACCCGAUGUCCACGUUCUCAAGAGUUUUUGGACGAGACGAUCCCUUUAGAGGAAUGUUCGAUCAUGGUUUUGGCAUGUCAGGUGGAGCAUUUGAAGGAGGAAAUUUUUCAGAUAUGGGUGGGUUCCAUUCCAGCUUUCAUCAUCAGAGUCACCCUGGCUUCAGUCGACAGAGAUCAUCAUCCUUUGAAGAUAUGCAUUCAUUUGCUCGUAAAAAGGCUCAGGAUCCUCCAAUAGAGAAAUACCUCAUGGUAACUCUAGAGGAGCUGCUAAUGGGAACUACCAAAAAACUGAAGAUCAUCAAAAAGGUUUUGAAUCAAGACAGAGUGACAACUCACCCAGAAGAAAAAAUUCUUACUAUUGAUGUUAAAAAGGGGUGGAAGGAAGGAACAAAAAUCACUUUCCCAGAAGAAGGGGACCAAAAACCAAGCACUGUUCCUGCUGAUGUUGUUUUCACUAUCAAGGACAAGGCACAUGUUAAUUUCAAACGAGAUCAUGAUAAUAACAUUUUGUAUACUGCUCCCUUAUCUCUUAGAGAUGCCUUAACUGGUCAUACUACAGGUUCAAUGGUACCAGUUCCCACAUUAGAUGGACGGACCAUCAAUAUUCCGUUAAACAGUAUUAUUAAACCUGGGGCAAAACGCCGCAUUAAAGGAGAAGGUCUGCCACUACCCAAGAGGCUUAAUCAACGAGCUGACAUGAUGGUGGAAUUUGAUGUUGUGUUUCCAACACAACUUUCCACAUCAAACAUUAAUUUAUUAAAGAAUGCUUUACCUGAGUGAGACAAGAAAACUUAUUUAUGAGUUUUUAGUUAUUAUUCAAAUUUCACCAGGAGUGGUUGAAUGGUGCAAAAGUGCUCUUUUAAGAGAACUGUUUCCCUAUGUUCUUUUCAUGAGAAACAGAAAUGUUCUAAAUUAUUUCAUUCAAUGUUUUUUUUCCAAUGGGAAGGAAUGACACAAAAGGUGUUACAUUAAGUUUUAAAGGGUGACGAAGAACUGUUCAAGUUUGAAUUUGUGUCAAAUUUCACUGCGAUUAGGUAGAUGAUGUUCCUUCAUGAUAAAUGUUUUCAACAUUUGCAUCACUAGAAUAGUAAGGGUAGCUAAUUAUUUCAGUCUCCCCAUAAUUCGUGUCAGCUAAGGAUUAAUGGGAAUAGAGUGAUCAUCAAGUAGUUCUGAUUGUUUGAGACUGUUUUAUCUCUCUUCCAAAUUCUGCAGUCUUAAUUGAAUACACUUUGUACUAUGUCUUUACUUAGUGAGAGGGAGGAAAACUGACCGCUGAAAAUUUGAAGUUCAAUUAAUUAGGUCACAAAUUGGACAAAAAUUGUUAUCGUAUGAUUCAUUUUUAAGCUGUUAGUGUGAAUGAUUUCACCCUCAACAUAAAUUCAGAUGUGAUGUCAGUGACAGAGAAAAAAAACCCCAGGCUGUUAGUGUUUAUGUGCAGUUUGUAAAUAGGUGUAAAUAUGUUUGUUUGGAACUUUGGAUUGAUAUUAAAUUAUGCUUUGUUGCUAUCCUGCCAGAGUCAAUGUAAAGCAAGUUGAGCAGAGUCCAUAUGGUAGGGAAUCUAAAAUUAAAGUAAUAAUUACAACUUGUUUGGUCUUUGGGUAAACACAACAAAAUAUUCAUCAUUCUUUUUCAACUUGAGUCAGAUGUAAGUAUUGUAUAUUUUCUUAACUUAUUAGUAAAAUAAAACAUACACAGUUCAAUUAA